GCUGUCUUUCUGGAAAGUGUCCAGACAUCCUUCGACGUGGAAGAACGGCAUCGCCAAAUUCCCGUCAGCAGUUGACGACAAUAUCUGUAUUUUGUCGCCAACGGUGUUCUCACUAACUGAGGCCCAACCUCUUUAAUCACUCCGACUUUCAACGCCUGGUGGCCCGCGCAGUUUCGUUUCAAUCGCCGCUCGAGCAAUCGGCGCAAAAGAUCUCUCGCUACCGCUCCCGAACAUCCAACCCAGCGAGCAAGCGCCAUCGACGACCCCAUAGCACGCUGUACACAGGGCAGCAUGCCCGCCGACGCCUCGGCCUCGGGGGCCGCGACUUCACAGAACGACGGCUCGGCGCGCAGCCGGCGCGAGCACAACCAGGGCAACCAGGAGCGCAAGUACACGGCCGAGCAGAAGGCGGCGGUGCUGCGCAUCCGGCGGUGCCAGCCGACCGCCUUCUACGAGAUUCUCGAGCUGCAACGGACAUGCACCGACGCCGAGGUGAAGAAGGCGUACCGCAAGCUCUCGCUGCUGACGCACCCGGACAAGAACGGCCACGAGCACGCCGACGAGGCCUUCAAGAUGGUGGCGCGCGCCUUCAGCGUGCUGGGCGACAAGGAGAAGCGCGACAAGUAUGACCGCUUCGGCACAGACCCCGAUAGCAGAUUCGCGAGUGCCCAGGCGCAGGCGCAGGCGCAGAAUCCGUUUGCUGGGUUUGCGGGGCGGAGAGCGGGCGGUGGUGGUGGUGGCAUGUGGGAGGAGGAGAUCAGUCCCGAGGAGAUGUUUGCGAGGUUCUUUGGCGGCGGCGGUCUUGGAGGUGGGUUUGGUGGGCCGUUUGCAGGCUUCGAUGGCGGGCCGCAGUUCGUCUUCAACUUUGGCGGACCCGGUAUCAGAGUACAUCAAUUCGGGGGGGCUAGGCCACGAGCCCGACCCCGGAACCCCGGGCAGGAAGAGCCGGCGAGCAUGUGGAGCACCAUCAUCGGCUUGUUACCCAUUCUGCUGCUCGUUGUCUGGCCCAUCCUCUCGUCCAUAUUCUCAGGCAUGACCUCGUCGACCCCGUCAACGCCCAGCAUGGUCUUCGACGAACCCCACCCGCCACUGUACACGAUGGAGCGCACGAUGCCCAACCUCAACGUGAGAUAUUACCUUAAUCCGGCCGAUGUCCAGUCGUACAGUCCGUCCAAGCUGUACUCGCUCGACAAGAAGGCCGAGGUGGUGCUGGUGCAGCAGCUCCGCAUCAAGUGCGAGAGUGAGAUGGCGCAUAAGCAGCAGCUUCAAAACGCGGCCCAGGGCUGGUUCUACCCGGACCCGGAGAAGAUGGAGGUGGCGAACGCGUACCCGAUGCCCGCGUGCCAAAGGCUGAAUUCCAUGCGGUUAUAGUGGGGAAGCAGAGAUAGAAGUAAUAUUUUAGGACGCCCUUGAGGGGACAUGCUGUGUGCCCCAUCUAGAUCGUUUAUGUUGGUGGUGACUCUUGGGCGGUCUUGCUAUACUAGACCAGGACGGCGUUGGAGGGCAUUUGCAUACGAGGCGCAGUGUGUCCGGAAAGCUGCUUAUGGCGGACGCAAUGGGCGUUAUUCAUGUCUUGUCUCUAGUCACAUGCGGGAUGCCAUGAUACAUCAACUCAUCCCCAUACAUGAGCAACUAAUGUAACGUCAAUCACGGGGAACUCGAAAUUAGGAUAUCUAUGAGGCGGUAGCUGAAU